AUGAUCUGUCAAUUCGAAAGGGUUGGCGAUGGCGAUGCCAAGCGUGAACAUCAGAAGCAAGCGGGUUACCGUACCUGUAUCAUGCUGUGCCAUGUCAUCAAUCUUCUGCAUGAGCUUCUGGCAGCAUGCACUACUGCCAUCACAGUUGCUGCGCAUGUGCAGUGUCUUGCAUUGGAAAUUGCUGGAUAUGCAAUCUAUGUCGGGCAAGUCGGCCCUCAUCUUGAAAGCACGCAGCAGUGGAGGAUCAUUCCUCUUAUUCCAGUAUGGUUCAUGCAACCAUGGACAGAGGAGCUUGUAGUGCACAAAGUGGUCGAACCUGACAGAUUGGAGUCAUGGCAUAUGAUGAAAGUUGCCCAAUGGCUCAAGACAAAACAUAGCAUGAGGGCCAUAGAGAAAGCAGCAAAGGCCAUGGCGCAUACUGUAAACAGAGGGAAGUCGACCGAUUUCUACAACAAUAUCAUCUAA